AGUGGAAAUCUCGAAGAAAGUUGAAAGUAGCGAAUCAAGUGGCGAAUCCUGGGUGUCUAUCCCGCCAAUGGUUGCAGAUUUUUAUAUGUUUUCAUAAUAACCCUCACUGUCAGUGUACCAGUUGGCAUGACAGUUCUCCUGUUUUACCUGGGCGGUUUGAAAAACAUCUUAUCGAAUCUGUCAGUGAAUAUUACUGGCAUCGCAAUCAACUUGAAGUUCGCCAAUAUUUUGUUCAGACGGCAUAACAUUCUGGAUGUGAAUACUUGGGUUCAUCAGUUGUAUACUCGUGCUUUUCUGCACGGGAGCAAAAGUGUAUUCGUUCCGCAGUUCAAAUAGCGCAUAAGAUAUUUUUUCUGACGUUUACUAUGUACACCGGGGCCGCUAUCCUAGGCGAAUCUGGUGCUCUUCUUUCACCUAAAGACAAGUUGAUGUUUCCCGCCUAGUAUCCUUUCGACUGGCAGCAUUCUACUUGGAAAUAUUACAUUGUUCACGUGCAUCAAACUGUAGUAUCCGUAUUAUUUAUGUUGCAGAAUGUUUCCAAUGAUACUUUUCCAGCCGUCUAUAUGCUUAUACUAACGAGUCAUGUUAAAACCCUAAAUAUUCGUAUCAGGAAAUUGGGCGUUGAGUCAACUGAAUCCUGGCAGGUCACCAAUGCGAAACUAAUAGAAUGUAUAAAGGGUCAGCAAAUGUUAAUUAAAUAUUUUGACACAGUCAGAAAAGCCACUUCCGCUGCGAUUUUCCUCCAGUUUUUUGUCACCGGGACGGAAGCCUGCAUCGCUGCUGUUUGCGUAUUCUGCGUCGAAGGCAAUUUAUUUGAACUAAUGUUCCUCGGAGAAUACUUCUUCUGCGUAAUCCUGGAAAUAUUUCUUUAUUGUCAUUUCGGAAAUAAGCUUGCGGACGAAAGUGAUCGUAUGACUAAUGCUAUUUACUCAUGUAAUUGGAUGGAAAAAGAUAAAACCUUUAAAAAGAACUUAAUAAUAUUUAUGCAGUCAACACAAAACAGUAUGACCAUUAUUGCUGGAGGAAUUUUCCCAGUCAAUCUGACAACGUUUGUUUCGGUUUUAAAAAGUUCAUAUUCGCUAUUCGCGCUGUUAAUUAGUAUGACAUGAAAUGACAUUUUCGGCAUUAAGUUUAGAAUGGAUUUACGCUGCAGCAAAGUUACAUACACAUUUUCGUUGGAGUCAUAUCGAAAGAAAGAUUGUGUCCAUAGGAUUGAGUUG